CGGGCUGGGGGCUGGAGGUUGGCUCUGCUGUUGAUGCUGAAAAUCACUUCUGGGUUCUUCUGCAUCAGGUCAUGGAGGAAGGAACAAACUGCUGUAUCAUUUAAGACUCGGGGACCAGUUCUACAAAGAAGCAAUUGAACACUGUCGCAGCUACAACUCCCGGCUGUGUGCUGAGCGAAGCGUCCGCCUUCCCUUCCUGGAUUCGCAAACUGGGGUAGCUCAGAACAACUGCUACAUCUGGAUGGAGAAGAGGCACAGGGGACCAGGCCUGGCCCCAGGACAGCUGUACACGUACCCAGCACGUUGCUGGCGCAAAAAGAGGCGUUUGCACCCCCCCGAGGAUUCCAGGCUGAAGCUGUUGGAAAUUAAACCUGAAGUUGAUCUGCCUCUGAAAAAAGAUGGGUUCACCUCAGAAAGUACAACUCUGGAAGCCUUGCUGCGUGGAGAGGGAAUAGAGAAAAAAACAGACACUAAAGAGGAAGACACUAUACAAGAAAUCCAGAGGGUUUUAGAAAAUGAUGAAAAUGCAGAUGAAGUUAAUGAGGAAGAGGAUUUGGAAGAAGAUAUUCCAAAACGAAAGAACAGGCCUAGAGGACGGCCAAAGACCCCCACCUGGAAAAAAAUUUUCCAGAAAAAUGCUCGGGGAUCUGGAGGUGGCAGGAGACGGAAUGAUGCUGCCUCCCAGGAUGAUCAUGACAAACCCUAUGUUUGUGACAAUAGUUACAAACAAAAGCAUAACUCAAAAAUCUCCGACAAAGUCUGUGGCAAGCGUUACAAGAACAGGCCUGGGCUGAGCUACCACUACGCUCACACUCACCUUGCCAGCGAAGAGGGUGAUGAAGCCCGUGAGCAGGAGACCCGCUCUUCCCCUGUCCACAGAAACGAAAACCACAAACCCCAGAAAGGACCAGAUGGGGUCAUCAUUCCCAAUAACUACUGUGACUUCUGCCUCGGAGGCUCCAAUAUGAACAAAAAAAGUGGCCGUCCUGAGGAACUUGUAUCAUGCUCAGACUGUGGGCGCUCUGGACACCCGACCUGCCUGCAGUUCACCACAAACAUGACUGAGGCUGUUAAAACCUAUCAGUGGCAGUGCAUUGAGUGCAAAUCCUGCAGCCUUUGUGGGACCUCUGAGAACGAUGACCAGCUGCUCUUCUGUGAUGACUGUGACCGUGGCUAUCACAUGUAUUGCUUGAAUCCACCAGUCUUUGAGCCCCCAGAAGGGAGCUGGAGUUGUCAUUUGUGCCGGGAGCUGCUCAGAGAGCGAGCAUCAGCUUUUGGCUUCCAGGCCUGAGGAGCUCCAGCAGUCAAGAAACACUUUGUUCCUGGCGUUGCCAUACCAGCACACAAUUCCCAUCCAGAACACAAAGACACAACCCACAUCAAAACGAAUGGACACUCAAAUACAGGAAGAGGUAUCUGUGGUAUUCACUGUCACUAAUGCCAUACCUCCUGGGCUCUGCUGGAAGGAUCAUGUACUUUCCCGAUGCUCCGGAUGAAAUCUCUUCACUGCUAUGCAUGGUUGCUGCUUACUGUUACAGGCUCACAUGCAUUAUAGAAGGGGGAGGGUUAUAUCGACACAGAGAAAUCAAUUUUGUGUGGCCUUGUGCUUUCUGUUUAGUCUUCUUUUCAAAGAAGAAGUAGUAAAAUAUCUCCCAAGGAAUUAUUGGUGAAUACUUGGGCUGAGAGCAGCACCAGUUGUUUCUCUUCACAGGCUUGACUGGAAAUCUCUUUACUGCAACUACUCGGUAUCUGUCGGGGGGCUUUGAGAAUUUCAUUAGUUCAAUAUUUCCCAGGUCAUGAACAAUGCGUUGUCACCGAGAGAAGCACUGAUCAAAAAUUUUGGGGGUGACAAUUUCUCCCUUGGAUCGAGUGCUUUGAUUUGGCAGAUCUUUAGAAAUCUGGUUUUAGUACCUCUGAAGGAAGAACAGUACCAAUGUGUGCACACAUAGAGGCUUAGAAAAGCCUACUACUGUAUUUGGUAUUUCAGGAUAUUCAGGCCCACUGUCCCAUUGCAAUGCCAAUGUCCAAUCCAGACUCAUCAUUUUAGGUUUGUUCAGGAAAUUGGGAAUGGUUAUAUAUUAAAUGACUUGCUGCUUAGCUCAGAAAACUGAACAAAAGAAAAACAUCAUCUUAAGUUGAUCAUAGAAAGUAAAAUUGUCAGUUUUCUGAGCAAUCUAAAGUAAGCUGCAAAAAUGAACAACUUUGGCUUAGGGUCAAAUGAAGCACUUUUGAUUAUUUUUUUUUUAAUUUCUAAACUAAAGUGUUCUGCAACUGAAAGUUGCAUUUUAUUCUGAGAAUUGCCUAAUCAGGACUUCCAGCGUUUCCAAAGUGCUGUUUUUUAUCAAAGUCACUAUCAAGAUCUAGCUGAAUUUUCAAAUAAUUUUGCCCCAAAAUUCUCUGAAUUAUCUGCAACCGCAUUUUUGGCAAACAUGAUAAUUUGUCAGAAAACCUUCUCCAGCUCUAAAGAAGGGAAUAAUUUACUGAACCUAAUAUAAAAAGAAAGAUUUUCAUAAUUAUUUAAAAAUUUAAAUAUAAAUACUUGUACUUUAUUUAAACAAACCUCUACAUGUGAACUGAAGAAACACUAAGCAAGAGCAUCAGUUGAAAAAAUAUUAUUACAGUUGAGUCUCUUUGAAUGAUUUAAGACAUCACUAGGAGGACAAGUGAGUACAUCAAAAAAUUUCUACCAGAUACAUCUUUAAGCUUAAAACCUGCAACUCCCCAAACUGCCAAGUAGCCCAGAAUGACCAUUUUCUUGGGUACGAUAUAUAUUACUUUCUAUGCAUAGAUUUAAGUGGGUUUAUAAUAUAAAAUUAUGAGAGUCCCAAGCAGCAUGUGACUCGGGUUGCUUGUACAAGUAGGUAAGGACACUGAAGAUUAUAUUUGGCAUAUUUAUAUUGGUUGAAACUUUUCUGCAAAAUUAAAUGUCCCUGAACACUUGAAAGGACAUUGUGAAAGAAUACUGGUGAGGUAAUUUUUCUUCCUUCUGCUAAUUACACUUAGUUAGAAUGAGCUAUACUGACCUAAUGCACUUUCCCUCAUUAUUUAGAUAGUUUCUUCACCUUUUGCAUUUUGUUCAGCUUGCACACCGAAAGUAGCCGUGUCAGCUGCUGGAUUCUCCCACAUACUGUUUCAGCCUCUUCUCAGGCUGCAGCAGGAGUAUUUUAACCUGUUAGAAAAAGAUUUAGAAAGUAUUUGUCCUAGUUGUACUGGACCAAAUCUCUCCUGGAGCAGCUGCACUGGCUGCCUGUGAAAUCCAUUCACUACCUUAGUCUUUCCCUGUGACAGUGCCUCAGACAAGCCAAGGGUACAAAGAAAUUUGAGCAUCAGGUGUGGGGAGGGGAAAGCGGGAGCCUGUGGCCCUGCGUUAGGUGUCUGGUACCUGUUGGGUCAAAGCUCUAGAAAAAAAUGUAAAAUGAAGUGUCAUGCUCCCAGUCUGGAAGUGCCCUGGCCCCGGGGAGCACGUGGGGGCCACAGCUUGCCCGCAUGAGCCUUUGCACCCGUCUGCUGCUGUGGUUGAACCCUGCUGGCCUGGCACCUUGGGACCAUCGCACGGUUCAAGCCGGUACAAAUUCCUGUUGCUGCUGUGGCCAGGAGUGCAGGUAUGUGUUCACCAGGAGCUGAGAAGUGUGUGCACUGGAGGAAAGUUUUACGGUGGUGCUGGCUGUGGGAGCAGCAGAGGUGGGUUAGGGCUUGGGUUGGUGCUCAGCUGACAAGCCUGCUGGGCUUGGGGAGCUCUGUCGUAAAAACGGCCAUCACCUCCCAGCUUCCCGGUAUUUGAAUUGGCCUUGGAAGAGGAGUAGGACAAUGGAGAGGAAAAUGCAUGUUGUUUUGGACAGUGUGUAAGGGAGACAAGGGUGGCUCAUCACGUAAGUCUCGGGUAGUCCUGUUGGUGGGACCAGCUGGUACAGAAAAUCAGUGCUCUCCAUCCUGGUGACGGAGAUGGUGCUAAAUGGGCUGUGCUCUGCACACACACCUGCAUUCCUAUUUUGUGGUUUCGAUCCGUAACACUGACUGUUUUCUCCUCCUACAACCAUUCUGCAGUGAACAGUGUCUUUCGUGUUUGGAAAUAUUCCUCAGCUGCCACGCCGAAGUUUAUUACUAAUGAAAUAUAAUGGAAGGAGAGAUUGCUAGACCUUCAACUGCAAAAUAUUGUUUGCUGUUUGAGAUUGGUGUAACAGGGUACUUGCUCCAGCUGCGUUUCAUCUCCUUGGCUUUGUGCUGUGUUGCUGUGUAGCCAGACAGCUCCAGGUGACUUUGGCAGCAGAUGAGAUGCCAGCUCUCCCGUGCUGAGAACUUCCUCCAGCUACAGCCUCCCUUCUUCACCAGCUCAGUCUAAGAUAAGGGGCUGGGACAAACCUCUCAGUGACAUUUUUAGCAGGCAUUCAGAGCCCUACGUCUUGGUGCACUUUAGAAAUAUUAAUUUAUGCACCAAGAGAACAAUGCUGUACCUGCUCUACUGCAAUGUGGAGAGGCUGUGGCACAGCCAUGGGGGGUGAGGAAGAGGCAUUUAGAACUUCUGAUAAUGGAUUCCCUGUCACCUGGUACCCCCUGGGGACAGCCUUCCUGCAUGGCUGCAGGGAUGAACGACUGGGGUGACACCAUCCGCUCUCUGGCAAAUCUCGAGACCUCUUGUAGCAGCGGUCUGGUCUGGGCAGUAAACGCAAGGACUCUGGCACUGCAUGCGUCUCUCUCUUGCUCUGGCAGGACAUGCAAGUUUGCUGGCAGGCCCUGAGGUGGUCAGACUCUGGUGUGUUUCAGAUCUCUUCUGUGCAGGCAAGGCAAGCAAUAUUUUAGCACAGAUCAGGGCAAACUACCAUGGGAGAUGAUAGAUCCUGCAUCCCUUGAAGUCUUCAAAUCAGGAAUGGGCAGCUUCCCAGAAGAUGUAUUUUAAUUAAAUGCAAUCUUAGUUAAUCACAGGAAUGUCUGACUGAAAAAGGCUUGUGUUAUAGAGGAAGUCAGGCUGGAUGAUGUAAUUGUUCUUCCUGUCCUUAUUAUAAAAACAGAUGUUUACUGUGGGAGGGGAUGUAUUUAAAUACAAGCUGUGUCUGCAUAAUGGCCUUAAAGUAUGUUAGUUAAACAUACUCACGUGAUCCUUCUCAUUUUUAACCCGUUUUGGAUAACCUAAAAAAGGUCGGUUAUAGCAAGUUACCUUACUGAUGCAGUAAAUUGCUCAUGACCUCCUUCAUGCCCACGAUGGCAGCUACGUUGGUGUUAGCUACCUCAGGCUGUGCCAGAGAUUGAACAAUCCAGACUGAAUUGCGGUGAAACCAUGUCUUGUUUCUGGCUUUCCCUUCAUCGCAUUUGUGUUGCCCAGUUUUCUGCCCCAUGGUGGGAAGACUGGCUGAGGAAGGGAGCUGCUGCAGCAGCAGCCUCGGAAACCAGAGGGGUGGAGAAAUGGUCAUAAAAAGGGGGUGCACCCAAGUCGUGCCACUGAGGAGGUGAGCUCCUGUUAUCAUCGCAGAGCCCCCCCUGUAGCUCAGAAAAGGAGAUACCUUUAAGAAAUAUGAGAUAGGUCCCGUUCUGCCUCCUAACUGUACUUCCAUAGACAUGUAUUUGGACUGAGUUUACAGCAUUUCUGUAAAUGUACCUUAGGCCAGUUCUUGAGCUAGGAAAGCCACUGUUCAGUGUGUUCUUUUGAAGCAAAUAUUGCUCUAAAUAACUUUGCAAUCAGCUUGCUUUAAAAGGAGCUUAGUAAAUUCUGCCCCAAAGGAAGAAUCUCCUGCACCGUGCAGUGUUAUGGGGCUGUUGCCUGUUCUUUACACCUACAGCAUGUGUUGUGACAGGGGUCAUUUGGGAGGUGAGGAGUGGAUGGGGGUAGAAAGGAAUAUUAAUUAAGCUUGUCACUGCCGGAGGGAUGCUUUGAAUUGUGCGCAAGUAAAUUCCAGGUAGAGCUGGGCAUGACUUUUCUGCAUGGAAUAAAUUUAUUCUUAAAAAAUGUGCUGUUCAGAGAACCACGAUUAUUCACAUAUCCAAGUUCAAUCUGGAAAAUUAUUUCAUACAAAAAAUAUGGAGGGAAUAUCGGAGGAGUUGAAAAUGCUUGUUUCAAUCUUUUUAGGCUGAAUCACUUCAAUAUUUUAACUUCAAAGUUAAUUUAAUUUCAAAAUAAAAAAAUUAAAUAGCCUUCAUUUGACAUAAAACAUUUAAUGUGGGACUCAAAAGUAUUUCAGGUCUAUCUGAAUUGAAAUUUUCCGAAUUUUCCAAUUUAGUGUCAUAUCCACCACUGUGUAUCUGCUUGAUUCAGUUACAGCAUGUCAAGAAACUGCAUUAGAGAAAACUUUACAGUAUCUACUUAAAAGAAAGUUAGCAGCUAUGGAGGAAUAAGAAUCUUCUAUAUGAUGCAACUGGUUCAUCUAAAAGUAAAAGAAGAUAAACAAAAUGGAGAAAAAUGUAAUUUUGAAUGCUAGAAGCACUUUCUUAGAGUAAGACAUCUUGGUUGAUCUUACUUGUCUGUCUAUCUAAUCAGUUGGAAAUGCCAACUGCUGGUCUACAAAACUGUCUUUCAGGGCAGAAGGGGAAAAUGCUUUAUGUUUUCCUGAUAUAUAAAAAAACGGGACAGAGCAAAUGAGACUAUAUUGGGAAAAAUUUGGCACCAGUCUGGGAGGGCAGAAAAUUCACAUCUUCAGGAGGAGAUGAUUAAAAGAUGGAUUGUUUUGUCAAUUUUGUUAUGGGAGGCUGUGGGUUGGACAAGAGGAGGUCCUCACCUGAAAUUUUAACAGUUGACCAGAUCUACAUUUUUGUGAAAAUAA